AUGGUUCGUGAUAGUUUCAAUGCCAUCAUUGGGCUGUUCUCAGGAAGAUGGUGGUGGUCAAGACCGCCAACUUCAUUGGAGGAGCUCGAUGAAUGGAGAAAUCUGUUUACCUUGAUUUGUGGGGCGAGACUUAAUAGCGACAAAGACAGAUGGGUAUGGAGGGGACCAAACAGUAAUGGCAUGACGGUUAAGGCAGUUAAAGAGUUCAUGAGAAGUGCUGAAGACUACACCUCUAGGUAUGUGUUCAAUUGGUCUUAUUGGGUACCGAAUAAAGUUAAUAUCUUUAUGUGGCGGUUGAUUAUGGAACGGAUUCCUACUGUUGAUGCUUUGAAGAACCGCAAUUGUUUCUUACCCAACGAGGUAUGCGUUCUUUGUGAGACUGAUAGCAAGACCGUUAACCAUUUGUUUUGUUCUUGUGGAGUGGCAACUAUUGUGUGGCAGUUCAUUAGAAAUUGGUGCAGAGCUAGUCCUUUCUUUUUAUUUUCACCAAAAGACUUGGUGGUGAUACAUGAGUUUGUCGGAUUGGAGAAGAAGGAAAGAAAAGCUCUCAAAGGUAUUAUCAUAGUCGCAUGUUGGUGUUUAUGGAAGUGUAGGAAUGAGAAAAGGUUUUCGAACAUUGAUAUCAAAGUGGAUAAGUUGUUGCUCGAUAUUAGAUCGUUGGGUUAUUUGUGGUACAGGAAUAGAAAGAAAAAUGUGAAUAUAGAAAGGAAAGAUUGGUGUAAUGUCAAAUUGAUAUAA